AUGAAACUUAAGUUAAAUGUGCUCACCAUUAUUUUGCUGCCUAUCCACUUGUUAAUAACAAUAUACAGUGCCCUUAUAUUUGUUCCAUGGUAUUUUCUUACCAAUGCCAAGAAGAAAAACGCUAUGGCAAAGAGAAUAAAAGCUAAGCCCACUUCAGACAAACCUGGAAGUCCAUACCGCUCUGUCACGCACUUCGACUCACUAGCCGUCAUAGACAUUCCUGGAGCGGACACCCUGGAUAAAUUAUUUGAUCAUGCUGUAGCCAAGUUUGGGAAGAAGGACAGCCUUGGGACCAGGGAAGUCCUAAGUGAAGAAAACGAAAUGCAGCCAAAUGGAAAGGUUUUUAAGAAGUUAAUUCUUGGGAAUUAUAAAUGGAUGAACUAUCUCGAAGUGAACUCCAGAGUGAAUAACUUUGGUAGUGGACUCAUUGCAUUGGGACUAAAACCAAAGAGCACUAUUGCCAUUUUCUGUGAGACCAGGGCUGAGUGGAUGAUUACGGCACAGACCUGCUUUAAGUACAACUUUCCUCUUGUGACUCUAUAUGCUACGCUUGGCAAAGAAGCAGUAGUUCAUGGACUAAAUGAAUCUGAGGCUUCCUAUCUGAUUACUAGUGUUGAACUUCUAGAAAGUAAACUUAAGACGGCAUUGUUGGAUAUCAACUGUGUUAAACAUAUCAUUUAUGUGGACAACAAGACUAUCAGUAGAGCAGAAUACCCUGAAGGAUUUGAGAUUCACAGCAUGCAAUCAGUAGAAGAGUUGGGAUCCAAGCUGGAAAACUGUAACAUCCCUCCAAAUAGACCAGUUCCUUCAGACUUGGCUAUCGUAAUGUACACUAGUGGAUCUACUGGCCGCCCUAAGGGAGUGAUGAUGCAUCAUAGCAAUUUGAUAGCUGGAAUGACAGGCCAGUGUGAAAGAAUACCUGGACUGGGACCAAAAGACACAUAUAUUGGCUACUUGCCUUUGGCCCAUGUACUCGAAUUGACAGCCGAGAUAUCUUGCUUUACCUAUGGCUGUAGGAUUGGAUAUUCUUCUCCACUUACACUCUCCGACCAGGAAAUCAUGGAUAGAAUUUAUAAGAAUGUUAUGAGCAAAGUCCAAGAGAUGAACUAUAUUCAGAAAACUCUGUUCAAGAUAGGGUACGAUUACAAAUUGGAACAGAUCAAAAAGGGUUAUGAUGCACCUCUCUGCAAUCUGAUACUGUUUAAAAAAGUGAAGGCUCUGCUAGGAGGGAAUGUCCGUAUGAUGCUGUCUGGUGGAGCACCACUGUCUCCUCAGACACACCGAUUCAUGAAUGUCUGCUUCUGCUGCCCAGUUGGCCAGGGUUAUGGAUUGACAGAAUCAUGUGGUGCUGGGACAGUUACUGAAGUUACUGAUUAUACUACUGGACGAGUUGGAGCCCCUCUCAUUUGCUGUGAAAUUAAGCUAAAAGACUGGCAGGAAGGUGGUUAUACAAUUCACGACAAGCCAAACCCUAGAGGAGAAAUCGUAAUUGGUGGACAGAAUAUCUCCAUGGGAUAUUUUAAAAAUGAAGAGAAAACAGCAGAAGACUAUUCUGUGGACGAAAAUGGACAAAGGUGGUUUUGCACUGGUGAUAUUGGAGAAUUCCACCCUGAUGGAUGCUUACAGAUUAUUGAUCGUAAGAAAGAUCUGGUGAAGCUACAAGCAGGAGAGUAUGUAUCUCUUGGAAAAGUAGAGGCUGCACUGAAGAACUGUCCACUUAUUGACAAUAUCUGUGCUUUUGCCAAAAGUGACCAGUCCUAUGUGAUCAGUUUUGUGGUUCCUAAUCAGAAGAGAUUGAGUCUUUUAGCACAACAGAAAGGAGUAGAAGGAACUUGGGUUGAUAUCUGCAAUAACCCUGCCAUGGAAGCUGAAAUACUGAAAGAAAUUAGAGAAGCUGCAAAUACCAUGAAAUUGGAGCGAUUUGAAAUUCCAAUCAAAGUUUGCCUAAGCCCAGAACCAUGGACCCCUGAAACUGGUCUGGUAACUGAUGCUUUCAAGCUGAAAAGGAAGGAACUGAGGAACCACUACCUCAAGGACAUUGAGCGAAUGUAUGGGGGCAAAUGA